AUGACUGCUAUACUUGAUCUUCAUCCUCACUAUUAUUAUACAGCUGCUAUACCAAUUUCCAAUCUUUCACAAUAUGGAGACACUUUAUGGUUUUCUUGUGAUUUCACUUAUCCAAUUCCAUUUCCUGUAUUAAAUGUUCGUACUCAAUGCUUAAAUAUUUCUGUUCCAUUAGACUGGAAUAAUUCAACUACAUCUGAAACAAUUUCUAUCUUUGUACGAAGAAUAUAUGCAGAUCAACCUAAUAAGCCUAAUACAAAACAAUUAUGGCAAUUAGGCGGUGGCGCCGCUGUUCCUGGUUCUGUAUUAGAAUCUACAGCUGUACAAAUAAUUCAAAGUAUAGCACAAAUCUUCCCUCAAGGUUCCAUUGAUAUUUAUUUAUAUGAUAAACGUGGUACAGGCAAAUCUUCUUGGUUAGAUUGUACUCUAGAAGAUUUCUUAUAUAAUUUUGCUGGCUGUAUUACAGUUGCUCUAAAACAUCAUAAUAGAAUAAAACACAAUACUUAUACUAAUACGGCUAAAGAUUUAAAAUAUCUAAUUGAUUUAUCUGCUGCUAAUAAUGAAGUGUAUGUUAUGGGUAUGAGUAAUGGAGCUUAUUUAGCUCAACGUUAUUUAACAAUCGCUCCUUUCCAAUCUAAUGGAAUUAUCUUAGAUAGUUUUCCUCCACCUGAUCGAACUCAAAUAUUAUUACAAAAUAUUAAUAUUGAUUUUACUGGAUUAGAUAUAAUGGUCAAAUGUUCUCAAGAUAAUUUUUGUUCACAAAUGUUUUAUGAUAAUAAUCCAAUUCGUGCACUUUAUGAAUUGAAGAUGAAAAUGAUGCAUAAUGGUUCCAUCUGUGGUCAAAUAUUGAAUAUAAAUUAUCGUGAUUUAUCAGAGAAAAUGUCUUUUUGUUUGCUUGGUGGUUCAUUUGAAUUAAUUCCAGCUAUUAUCUUUCGAACGAUUCGUUGUUCUCCACAAGAUCAAUUAGUUUUAAAGAAUUUUCUUAUUGCAUCUCAACCUGCAACGGAUGGAACUCAAGAAGGUAUCUCUCUUUUAUUUGAAUGGAAUCAUAACUGGUCGGAAUUAUGGUCAUCUAUUUAUGUUCCACAAUUAUCAUGUGAUACUAUUAAUGAAAUUGAUAAUACUUUACUUUUUACACAGAAAAUCUUACAAACUUUCUGUCAAAAUAAAGUGCAAGGAGAUCAAGCAAAAGCCAUUGGCUAUCCCCAAGAUGAAUAUUAUGGUAAAUAUUCUAAUUCUACAAUUCCAGUUAUUGCAUUGCAUGGGGAAUUGGAUCAAGCUAUACCUUCUUGGAUGGCUUAUCACGCGGCAGAUCAGUAUUCAAAGCUAAAUCCAAAUUUUAGAUUAAUUAAAUUUCCUUAUACCGGACAUGUUCCUACUGGAUAUUCACCUGAAAUUGGACAAGGAUCUGCUACUACUAAUAAUUGCGCUUAUAAAGUAAUUGUUUCUUUUAUUUUGAAUGGAGGACAAUCAAUUGAUGAUACAUGCACAAAAUUUAUUGUCCCAUUCGAUUUUAUUGGUCAAACUGAUCAAAUAAAGAACACUGCUAUGCAAUUCUUUAAUACAACAGAUUUAUGGGGAAAACCGUUUACAGAACCAAUUUCUUCAACCACGGCAACAGCUGUGUCUCCUACAGUAGAAUCGUCGAUAGUUGGAACUAUAAUCUUUUCAAUUACUAUUGGUGGAUAUUCGAAUUUCUUCUUCCUGUAUUAUUUAUGGUAA